AUGGCUUCGAAUUUCAACGACAAGGUGGCGAUUGUGACUGGGUCCAGUUCUGGGAUCGGGGAAGCUAUUGCUGUAGCUUUUGCAUCUCGUGGAGCAAAUGUCACUUUAUGUGGACGCGAUGCUCAAAGAUUAAAAUCGGUGUUUGAUAAAGUUGUAGAAAUCAGCGGUGGCCACCAGAGUAGAUUUCUUACGGUUGAAGGGGAUGUAAAUGAUGCAGCAGUUCGAAAAGAGAUCAUUGAUAAGACAGUUGAGAAAUUCGGACGUUUAGACAUACUUGUCCCAAACGCAGGGCAAGCUGGAAUACUGGGCUCAAUUUCCAAUGCCACAGAAGAAACUUACGAUGCUGUGAUGAAUACCAACCUGAAAUCUGUGUUUUUUCUUAUUCAGCAAGCGAUCGCUCAUUUGGAAAAGUCUAAAGGAACCAUAGUUAUCAUCUCCUCUAAUGUGACUUCAAUGGUGAUGCCUUUUGGAGCUGUCUACUCCAUGUCUAAAGUAGCGCUGGAUCAUUUAACUCGCUGUCUGGCUGUUGACCUUGGACAAAAAGGUAUUCGUGUCAAUGGCGUCAAUCCAGGCUACAUACCAACGAGAAUCUUCCCUUCUUGGUCAGUUCGUUUUUUGACAUCCCUCAAGGCAACAACAACAACAACAACGACAACAACAACAACAAAAAGACUGUCGAGAAUCUUUCGGUGUCAUUUUUAUACAGAUCUUUUG